AUGGUUAAUAAUGUGGACGAAAAUGACAGCGAAGCUGUACGACAAUUGUUAACGUAUAAACUGAUGAAUCAACACAAUUUAAAUAUUCGAAGUUUAUAUGAUCCAGCCUACAGAGAUUGGUCAAAUUAUUUUGAACGACGAAGUGUAUUCGAUCCAGCAUACAGAGAUUGGGCAAAUACAUUUAAACGAGAAAUUGAUUAA